AGGGUUCGGUGAACGAGCAUAUGAAACUGAUGGGAUUCGGCGCCUCCAACAAGUCAGGUAGCUCAUCAUGAGUUGGGCGGUGGAGGAGUGGAAGGAUGGCCUUCCAGCAAAAGCCCAGCGGAAGAUCCAAGAGAUGGAAGUCCAGCUGGACAAACUCAAGAAGGAAAGGAGUCAAAAACAAUUUCAGUUGGACUCCUUGGAAGCUGCGCUUCAGAAACAGAAACAAAAGGUGGACAGCGAGCGUAGUGAGGUUUCUGUCCUGAAAAGGGAGAAUCAGUCCCUCGUGGAGUCAUGUGAUUCGGUGGAGAAGGCCCGCCAAAAGGCAGUUCAUGACUUAGGAGUCAAAGAGCAGCAGGUGAGCUACCUGGAGGGCCAGCUCAGCUCUUGCAAGAAAACCAUUGAACGUUUGGAGCAGGAGCUUAAAAAAUACAAAAAUGAACUGGAUCGUUCCCAACCUGCCGGCUCUUCUUCUUCAUCAUCAGCAUUGUCAUCGUCGUCUUUGGACAUCCAGCUCCACGCUACUCCACAGAAGUGUUUGGCCACCCCAGGUCCAUCUUGCAGACAACAGGAUAACCGACUGGAGGGUCUUCAGGAGAAAUACAAGCAGGAGGUGGAAGAAAGGAAAAGGCUGGAGACAGAGCUGAAGAUCCUUCAGGUCAAACUACUGAGUCAGUCUUCAGCCAGCAUGAGUCACAAGGAGAUUGGUGCCCGUCAGGCUGGAUCUUCCAUAUUUCCAUGGCAACAGCAGGAUGCAGUGCACACUCGCCUUUCGCAAGACGUUUCGUCGAUGGAGACUCCUCUGAAGAGACGAGGUGCAUCUCUGUGGGACGCCCACGAGGAGACCCCCAUCAAACCCAGUCAUAGGAUGAGCUCCGCCAUAGUCAUGCAAAGUCCUGGUGGGUCAAGCCAGCAGAUGGAUCAACUUAAAACCCUCAACCAAGAGCUGAAAAACCGUAUGUCAGAGCUGGAGAGAAGUCUGUCUGGUCAAGAGAAGGAACUUCGGAAUCAGUCCUCCAAACUGCAGGAGCUCCAGAGCCAGCUGAACCAGGCACGCAAAGACCUCGUGGAGCGUGACCGAGAUUUGGCCAAGAAAACCCAUGAGUUGAGUCAAGCGUCAGACAGACAUCAGCAGCUGGAGAGCAAGUAUAAAACACUUGAGCAGAAGCUGAAACAAGUCACUGAGGAGAUGAGCUGCCAGAGACACAAUGCUGAGAGCUGCAGGCGAACCCUGGAGCAGAAACUGAAGGACCAUGAGCGAGACAGUCAGAAGGAGCUGGCCCAGCUGCAGAACUCAAACAAGGCUUUAGAUCAGCAGCUCAACCAGACCAAAACCAAAUUGUCUCAAGAAAUCCAACAGUCCAAGAAAGACUACAAUGUCCUGCAAGCUGAGAUGGAGAAGACAAACUUCCAGAAGGGUCAGAUGGAGAGGGAGGUGGAGGAGCAGAAGCAAAGGCUCCUCAGGUCAGAGCAGAGUCUUCAGGCCAGUCAAGCUAAAGAGCAGGACCUGCGCAAGAAAAUGGAGGAGCUUCAGCGGGAGAAGAACAGUACCUCUGUGCAGCUGGAGCAAAGCAGCAGACGUCUGUCACAGCUGGAAGAGGAGAAGAAGAGCUUGGACCAGAAUCUCAAACGCAGCCAGGGUCUGGUAGAUGACCUGAAAGCCAAGUCCGAUGGGCAGCUGGAUGAAAUGAAAAAACUUCAGACAAAAAUGGAGCAGCAGACGCAGGCCUCUUCUCGGGAUUUGGAAAACUUGAAAAAGACUCUUUUGGAUGCAGAAGCUAAACAUGAAAGAACUCAAAAAGACCUGCAGAAACAGAAGCAAGAUUCCGAACAAUUGACAAACAACUUGAACGCCCAAGAGGAGGAGAAGCAAAAUCUAAGAAAGAAUCUUGCUGCGAGUCAGAGCGAAUGUCUGCUGGUCAAACAAGAACAUCAGUCUCUGCUGGAGUGGAGGAAAGAGAAGGAGAGUCUCAUCAAUGAAACGGAAGCAGUGCAGACCGAGCUGAAUGAGAAAAUUAACAACUUGGAGAAGUCUGUCGGUUUGUUAAGUGAUGCCAACGAGGACGUUAAGAAGCAGAUCAGGAGUGUUGAGGAGGACAAGGUCAGACUGUCCGCUCACGUCGACUCUCUGAAGGGAGAGCUUCUGAAGAAGAGCACGGAGCUGGUGGAACGGGAAGAGCACUAUAAGGCUCUGCAGUGCAAAUGUACAGAGAUGCAAGAGAAGCACAGCAAAGAGCUGGAGAAUGUUGGUGUGCAAGUGAAGCAGCUGGAAAAGCAGGUGAAGGACCUGGAGUCUCAGCUGACAAGUGAACAAGCACGAGUGGAGCAGUCCGAGAAGACAAUCACUCAGCUUCAUGAAGAGCAUCAGGCCACUUGUGACCUGGUCUGCUCCAAAGAUCAGCUGCUGGACCUGGGUCAAACUGAAAUACAGCAGCUGAGAGAGAGUUUGGCUCGGGUAGCUGCAGAGCAUGAAGAGCAAAAGCUCAGGCUUGAGGAGGAGAAAACGGCUCUGGUGAAGAACUGUGAGGAGAGAGUUGCAGUAAAAGCGGAGGAGACCGAUCAAGUCAAGCUACACUUAGAGGAAACACAGCAGGAGCUGCAGCUCACCAAAAGUCAGUUUGCGUCCAUGGAGCAGCUGCUGAAGGUUCAGGAGCAGCUGGGAGCUGAGCUGCAGAAGCGACUACAGACACUGACUGAAACUGGGGAAGAACACAAACAGAAAUAUGAGAAACAGUCAGAGGAGCUGAGAAAGGCAGACGAAAAAAUGAAAGAACUGCAACACCAGCUUGAAGAGAAUCAGACCCAGCUGAGUGGGCUCAAAGCUGAGCGUCAGUCUCUUGACAAGAACAUUUCUGAGCUGGAAAAUAUUGUUCAAGAGAAGAAGAAAGAGGCUGAGAUUGUGUCAAAUGCCUACGAUACGGAGAUCAAAAAUCUUCUGGAGCAGAUAUCGUCCCUGAAGAACGAUGCAGCUUUGAGCAAAGAAGCUGUGGAUGAGGUUCCUGUGUUGAAGAACAAGCUCGAUGUUCUCAACAAAUCUUUCACUGAUCUCAAGGCAUCUUUGGAGUCUCUGGAGAAGAGCCACUCCUCAACUACUGAACUCAAGUCCAAGUUGGAGGACACAGUGGCCGAGAAAAGUAGCCACAUCUCAGCCCUGGAGAGUAAAGUCGCUGAGCUCACGGGGAAGAUCAGCAUGGAGUCAAAGCUGCACACAGCAGAGAAGGAAAGCUUCCUCAAUAAAGAAAAGUGUCUUCAAGAGAAACUUCAAUCUGCAGACAAAGUGCUUGCAGCCUCCAGGGCCGAAUCCAAGUCUCUCAGAGAUGAAUUCAAGACCAUGAAGAUGACUCUGUCUGCAGCCUCACAAGGCCUUGAGGAGAGAGACAACACCAUCAAGAACCUGAAGGAGAAGCUGAACAAAGCAGAGGCUGAACAUUUAAAAACAUCUGACCUGCUCAAAGAGAAGAUAUCAUCCAUGAGCAAAGUCAAGGUGCAGCUGGAGAUGCUUCAGAUGGACAUGGAUGACAAUGAGUCCAUGGUGAACACGUUGGACAGCCAGGUGGCGGAACUCAAAGAAACGAUCCAGUCACUGGAGGCCCAGUUAGCUCACAGCCGCACCCAGAUGUCUGACAUGGAAGCCCAGGUGGAAGAGGGGAAAGCUCAGGUGUCAGUCUUAGAAGCCCGUUUAGAAGAGGUCCAGUCUCAGAACUCCUUGCUCGGGUCUCAGUACCUAACAGCCCAAGAGGAGAUAUCAGAGAGAAGCUGUGAAAUAAGCCGACUGGAAGAAGAUGCUCUCAAACGAGCCCAGCUGGAGGAAGAAGUUGUGGCCCUCGAGUCAAAACUGGGCCUGAUCACAGAAGAGAAGACAUCCUUCGAUCAGAAAAUGAAGGAGAAAGAAACUCAGGUGAACAGGUUAACUGAGGAAAACAACCUGCUGGAGACGACGAUGAACCAGCUGAUGAUGGACAAAGAACUUCUAGAGACCAAGUGCCUAGAGUUGGAGGAAAGUCCGAAGAAGCUUGAUGAGAAGGUCAAGCAGCUUGAGGCAAAAAUAACUGAGAUAUCACAAAGCAAAGAGGAGAUGGAAGCUGACUGUCAGCAGAUGAAGUUGUGCAAGAAAGACUUAGAAGACAAUCUGGAGAGGGUGGAUGAGGAGAACAACCAGCUCAAGGCAAACAUAACUCAGUUAAUGGAGGAGAAGGAGCAUCUGGAUGUUGCCAUGAAAUUGUUAGAGGCUGAAAAAUGUCUGUUAGAAUCCACACAUGGCGAACUGUCGCUGCAGAAGAAUGAGUUGAUAUCCAACUUGAAUGAAGCUGUUCAGGAAAGGCUUCAACUGGAGGUUCAGAUUAAUCACGUGGCAGAGGAGAAAGUGAAAUUACAGUGCAGUUUGGAUCAGGCGAUGGAGGAGCAGAGGCAUCUGCAGGAGAACCAGGCAAGACAUGAAGAAGAGAUGACUUCACUCAGAGAGGAAAAUGAGUGCUUGCAUAGCUCCAUGAUGUCCUCUCAGCAGCAGCAACAGAGACUGGUGGAGCUGAUGGGCCAGAAGGCAGAGCAGGAAGGAAAAGAGAGGAGCCAGCACUUUGAAGCAGAGCAGAACAAACUGCACCAGAAUUUGUCCAAUUUGCAACAGGACAUGAACGUCUUCCAGCAGCAGAACAAUUCAUUACUGCUGCAGUUGGACCAGCAGCACAAGCUGAUACAGGAGCUCACACUGCAGCUGGUGACUCAAGCGCCAGUCGACAACCCCCAACAUGUGUCGGAGGACAGAGUUAUUUGUGUUGAGAAUGGAGCAGAAAGUUUUUAUACGUCUCCAGUGGACGAGCAGUUGAGUCUUGAACGAGCUGGACGGGAGGAUUUCAGUGACUGUGAGGCAGACGUCAUCUCUGAACAUGGAGUGCAGACAUGUGAAGUGUCUGAGCUUGAGACUGUGGAUGAGAUGAAAAGUGAAGAGGAGCAAAACCCAACUCUGGUCCAGAUUCCCGACUGCGACACUGGCAGUGACAUAACUGAUACUGUCGCUGAUUGUUUUGAGCUUCCUCAUCCUCAUGUUGACCCAAGUGUGUCAAAUCUCAAUGCUGCGGCUCUGUCAGUCGAGGGGAAUGAGCACAACAAACCUGAAAAUAAGCAGGAAUGCGAUUUGCUGGACCUGCAUGCUGAGUUUGACCUCCUGAGCUCUGAACUUGAACUGAGGAAAGAGUUGACCUCUGACCUCCAAGUUCAAGUGCAGAACCUGGAAAAGAAACUUGCAGCUUCUGAGGAAGACAAACAUUGUGUGUCUGAGAAGUUGAACAUCGCUUUGGGGGAGAAGAAAAGGCUGGAUGAUCAGUUGACUCAGCUGUCUGAGGAAAGAGAGUCUUUAACUCUUCAGCUCCAGACUAACAAAUGUCAGCUGGCAGAUGUAAUGGAGAUGAUGGAGGGACUGGAAAUGACCAAAGGUGGCUGGGAUGAGAAGUACCUCCAGCAGGAGAGCGAGCUGAGAAGAGUUCGCUCCGAGAAGGCCAACCUGGAGCAGCACAUCCUGGGCAUGGAGGGAGAAUUGGAGACCCUGCAGGAUGAGAGGACCAGACUAAAGGAUGAGAUGGAGGCUCAGAGAAGAACAUGUUCUGCUAUGGAGCAGCAACUCGAGUGUCUCUCAGCCGAGACCUCGCAGCUGAGAGCAGAACUAGUAUCCUGCACAGAGGAGCGAGACGAUCUGAGUCAGUCUGUGGGGCACUGGAGAGAGAAGGUGCGAGGUCUGGAGAAGAGCAACUCUGACACCAGAGACCUGAUUUCCAUCCUGGAGGAGGACAUCAGAGCAGGCAGGAAGGAGUACGAGUCCCUGCAAAGCAACAUGUCCAAGUUGACGUUGGAGAGGCAACAGCUGUUUGAGCAGAUCAACUCUCUGGAGCAAACAGUCUCCGAGCAGAGCGCAGAGAAGGAACAGCUGAUCGGCCAGAUGGACCAGAUCAAGGAGGACAACACUUCCUCGAGCCAAAGCACUGAGUCCAUGGUCAGCAAGAUACAGACCUUGCAGGGAGAAGUGAGCCGCCUCUCUCAGUCUCUGGAGUCCUCCCUGCUGGAGAAAGGAGAGAUCGCCUCUCGUCUCAACUCCACGCAGGACGAAGUCCAGCAGAUGAGAAGCGGAAUCGAGAAGCUCCAGGUCCGCAUUGAGUCUGAUGAGAGGAAGAAAAAGAAGAUGGGAGAGCUUCUUAAAGCCGCCCAAAGAAAGUCCGACUCUCUGCAAGACCGCAUCAGUGCUCUGGAGCGAGAGAAGGAAGAUGUGGAGCGAGAUCUUGAGGAGGCGUUUCUGCAGGCUGAAACUGUGAAGGCUGAGCUAGAGGAGGAACGGCAAAGGGUGGAGGAGGAGAAGAAAGAACUGUCGGAGAACUUGUCUGCGCUCUCUGCCUCCCUGAUCAACCUGCGGUCUGAGAAAGAGCGUCUGGAGCACGAAGUGGAAGCAAAACACCGGGAGAUCGAGGAGCUGAAAGCAGUGAAGGAGGAGUUGGAGAGAGGGUUGGAGAAGGUGGAGACAGAUCGAAGACAAGAGGAGAGAAAGAUGAGAGAGGAGGCAGAGCAGCAGGUGAAACACCUGGAUGAUCUUCGGUCUCAGCUGGAAGCUUCUCGACAGCGGGAGGCUGCACUGGAGCUGCAGAAAACCGACACUGAUCGGGAGAAGGAGCGACUACAGUCGCUGCUGAGCAGUUUGGAGGAAGAGAAACUGUGUCUGCAGAGUUCUUGUAAGAACUGGCAGACGGAAAGAGACACUCUUAAGUCUCAGGGGGCAGAGUUGGAAGAAGAGAGGUGUCGUAUGAGGGACUGCAUCACUGAUAUGGAAAAACACAUUAGUAGUUUGAAUGCACUGAUGUUGGUUAAAGACCAAGAAAGACAAGUGCUAGAAAAGGAGAGGGCUGAUGAGAGUCGUGCUGCAGCCGAGGCGCUCUCCUCACUUAUGGCAGAGAAGGAACGGAUAGAGGGAGAAAAGUCUGGCCUCUCAGAAGAAAAAGAAAAACUGCAGUCUGCUCUGGUGUCAGCAGAAGCAGAGAGAAAUGACCUGAGCAGCACUCUGGCGUCAGCUGAGGCAGACAAAGAGCGAUUAGAGCAGGAGAGAAAAAUGUUGUCAGAGGAGAAUGGAAGGCUUUGCUGUGCCAAGGAGAACGUUCUCCUGCACCAAAGUGCUCUGGAGCAAGAGAAGGAACAAAACCAGAGUCAAAGACUGAAGCUAGAAGCUGAGAAAGAGGAGCUGCAGUCUUCCCUGAGUCAGAUGAAAGAAGAGAAGGAGAAAGUGUUAGCAACGCUUUCUUCACUGGAGCAGGAGAAGAACCGAGCUGAAGGAGAGAAGGAGAAGCUCUCAGAGGAUCAAGAGAGGCUUCAAUCCACAAUCAUGUGUUUGGAAGAGGAGCUUGAGGAACAGAAAGGGUCUGCGACUGAGCUGAGCCAGCAGGUGACAGAACUGUCAUCCAGAGCUGCUCGUCUCGUGAAAGAGCGAGACUGUGCUCUCAGCAAGAUGAACCUCUGGAUGAAAACAUGCAAACAGCUGGAGCAAGAGAAGCAGUUACUGGCGGAGAGCUCAGGUGACACAGCGAGCAGCGACGAGAUGAAGCAGUUGAAGCUGGAGGCAGAUGAAAAACAGAAAGCCGUAAGCAGACUGACGACAAUGCUGCAGCAGGCAAAGCAGGAAUCUGAGGAGAAAUCGAAAGAGCUGGAAAAACUUCACUCACAGCUGGACGGGUUGAAGACUGAGCAGAAGGAGGGAGAAGAAGAGCUGCAGGACCUGAAGAAGCUCCUGGAGGAGAAGAGCCAAGAGGCUGACGACUGCAUGAGCAAAUACUGCAACUUGAUGAUCCAAGUGCACAAACUGGAGGAGGCCAACGAGGCUCUGACUUUGCGGCUGGAGCACAUAUCCACCAGCAAACGCACGGAAGGCCGUCGACGCUCCGAAAGGAAAAGCUCCAGACUCCAGGAGGAGAGCACUGAGAACGUCGCUCCAUCAACCCCGCAGAAGUCUCCUCAAGGGAAGAGAGGUCACAAAGAUAUCAGCGACAAAGACGCCCAGGAGGCUUUGCACAACCUGACCAAGAAGAUCCGAGCCAAUGCCACCGGGACCCCGAAACCCCAGCCGGAGCCGGAGGAUGAGUUCAGACCUGAGGGGCUUCCAGAGUUGGUUCAAAGAGGUUUCGCUGACAUUCCUCUGGGCGAGGCGAGUCCAUUCAUCAUGAGGAGAACCACUGUGAGGCGCUGUAGUCCACGACUGGCUUCCAGACAGACCGGCUCCCUCCCUGAUGACAAGGUUUUGGUGCCGUCCUUUCCUCUGAGUCCCGCAUCUGACAACCGGAAGAGUCGGAGAUCAUCAGGUCUGCACAAGGCUGCCGAUGAGAGCGAGAGCCAGUUUGUCAGGCAGCCGCCUCAGCAGGAAGACAACUGUCACGUCCAGUAGACCCACACUCCCGUCAGUAAUCUUGCUUUCUCUAGGAACGGUGACAAGCGGCAGCCUUAACAUAAGCCUGAAACUCCAAUGUAAAUACACACUCUACCCUUUGUUUGAUGUUGGUCACAGUGUAGUUCUGGCCUGACGAGGAGCGGUUGUCAUGAAACUCUUCAGACUUUUUAAGUAGCACGAGAAGCUUCUGAAUGUAAACUCUGUUUCUUCAACUCUGCAAGUCUCGCUCAUUUUUCUCUCUCCCUCCUCGUCGUCAGUCUGUGGCUCUCUCUUCUAAUGGCAGCUAAACAUCGUUUGUUUCUGUUAUUCGAUUGACGUUGUUUUGGACCAAACACUCGAAUGAAUGAAAGUUGUUUUUAGUCUCUUAGUUCUAUCUGCAUUUUAAAUAUAGUGAUCACAAGUCAAAGUAUCGCCUGUAUAUAA